ACACACCACCCCCACUCUAAGCCCGGGCGAAUCGACGCAAACCAGCUCCAGUACACGUCGCGCCACCCUCUGGCCGGGUCCGCACAGCCUCGGGGCUGCCUGGACCCUGGCAUGUCUGGCACCGCGCCCUAGGGGCGCGGGCAGGACCUCGCGGGGCAUUGUGGGUAAGCGCUUUAAAACAUAUCCCCGCGCACCUUGUCGAUCAGGAGCAGUCUAGCCUGGCUCCUGUCAGCGCCAUGCCACUGUCUCUCAGCAAGCGCGGCUUUAUGCUGCUGAUGCGCUCCAUCGGCUUCUUUAUCGGCCUCAUCGGCACCGCAGCUCGAGCCUUCGACUUCCCCUGGCGCCACCGCAGCUCCCGCAUCGCCCGGCCCACGAGCGAGCCCCUGCUGCUCCUGUCAGGGGUGCAGCUAGCCAAGCUCAUCCGCCGGAGAAAGGUGAAGUGUGUAGAUGUCAUUAACACAUAUAUUGACCGAAUAAAGGAAGUGAACCCAAUGAUCAAUGCAAUUGUCAAGGAUAGAUUUGAGGCAGCUCAGCAAGAAGCUUUGGCAGUAGAUAAAAGGCUGUCAGAGGAACAAGAAGAUGAAGCAACACUAGAAAAGAAAUGGCCCUUUUUAGGGGUCCCUUUGACUGUCAAGGAAGCAUUUGAGUUGCAUGGAAUGCCCAAUUCUUCAGGCCUGGUGAACCGCCGGAAUGUCGUCUCUAAAUCAGAUGCUACAGUAGUGGCAUUGCUAAAGCAAGCUGGUGCUAUUCCCCUUGGAGUGACCAAUUGCAGUGAGCUUUGCAUGUGGUAUGAGUCCAGCAACAAUGUUUACGGCAGAACCAACAACCCGUAUGAUGUGCAGUGCAUUGUAGGUGGUAGCUCAGGAGGUGAAGGCUGUGCUCUAGCUGCUGCCUGCUCCGUAAUUGGUGUGGGCUCAGAUAUUGGUGGCAGUAUCCGGAUGCCAGCUUUUUUCAACGGUAUUUUUGGACAUAAGCCCACAUCAGGAGUGGUCUCCAAUGAAGGUCAGUUUCCUGUGGCCAUAGGAGCUCAGGAAGAGUACCAGUGCACGGGCCCCAUGUGUCGCUAUGCCGAGGAUCUGGAGCCCAUGCUGAGAGUCAUGGCAGGACCUGGCAUCCAUAAGUUAAAGCUAGAUAAAAAGGUUCCAGCACAAAACAUAAAAUUCUACUGGAUGGAACAUGAUGGGGGCUCAUUGCUAGUGUCCCCAGUGGACCAAGAACUGCUUCAGGCUCAGGAGAAAGUGGUGAGACAUCUGGAGACUGUGCUAGGUGCCUCAGUUCAGCAUGUAAAACUUAGCCAAAUGAAGUACUCUUACCAGAUCUGGAUCACCGUGAUGUCGGCCAAGAGCCGUGAUGGCACGGAAGCUGUGACGUUCCAGGAGCUGCUAGGAGAUCAUGGAAAGCCUGUGUGGCCCCUCUGGGAACUAGUGAAGUGGGUCCUUGGGAUGUCAACACACACCAUCCCUUCUAUUGGUCUGGGCCUGUUGGAGCCAGUUCUCAAACAUGACUCUCAAACCUAUGCCAAGUUUGAAGAAUUAAGGCAAACCCUUUGGUCAGAGCUUGUAGGCAUGCUGGGAAAUGAUGGAGUCUUCUUAUAUCCCUCCCAUCCUCAAGUGGCUCCCAAGCACCACUUCCCUCUGACAAGGCCUUUCAACUUUGCUUACACAGGCAUCUUCAAUGCCCUGGGCUUGCCUGUGACCCAGUGCCCACUUGGCCUGAACAGCAAGGGACUUCCUCUGGGUAUCCAGGUGGUAGCUGGCCCCUUCAAUGAUCACUUGACUCUGGCCGUGGCUCAGUACCUGGAGAAGAGUUUUGGUGGCUGGGUCUGUCCUGGAAAAUCCUAGAAUAACCUUCCCACAAUUCAGAUUUAUCCAAUUUGUGGGUAACAAAGAACUAAGAGAGAUAACUAACAUUCAAUUCAAAAAAGAUCUUGAUAAGCUUUUGUAGAUCAAAUCUAACAGAUGAAUGAAAUUUAAUGAUGGACAAAGUCCAACAUCUGUAUUCAAGAACAAGGCAAUGGAGAAAACCUGACAAGACAACCAUUUAUGUGAAAAAGAGUUGGAGGCUUUAUUGGAUUGUAAACUCCACAUGACCACAACAGCCCACAAAGUGCGAACAAUCUUAGGUUGCAUUGAGUCAUGGGGCUUGGGGAGACAUCACAUUCCUUUUGGACUCUGUCCUGGUUAAGCUGUCUGAAGUGUUUUGUUACAUUUUGGCACCGUAUUUCAGGCAAGAUGCAAAUAAGCCUAAGUGUUGGGUGCAAGGAAGUAGAAGCUAUGUCAUACAAGAGCAAUUGAAGCACCUGGGAAUAUUUAGCCUCUGAGUAUAGCAUCUAUGAUCCUGUCAUUCUACGGCUGUUAGGAAGCAGGAGCUAGAAAUCUAAUCAGCAGUUGAAGCAGGGGGCUCUCAAUGUUCCUUUCCUUGGAAAGUCACUUCCCCACCUCUUUUGGCCAGGCCAUAGUUCUAUUGGCUGGAAGAAUCCUAUUGCUUGUGCUACAGUGAAUGCAAUUAGAAGGGACUGGAGUUCACUUGAACUUCCCUUUCUUUGCAUCUUUCACAUUUGGCCAAUAGAUCUCAGUAAAAAAAAUGGCUGUUCAAAGAAGAGAGGUAAUUCAUGAGGAUUAGCAAGCGGAGCACCUUCUAAGGGAAACUCCUGGCACAGUACAAAUGGCUAAAUCUAUUGAAAAUAAUUUUUAGAAACUGAACAUUCAUUUUCAAAACUAACUUUUAACAUUCAUAUGCACAUUCCUGUAAAGAACAUGGCAGUCAAUCAUAAAUCAGUGCUCUCCUCCUUCCCAGUGGGGAUUUCUUCAUUAGACACAAGACCCCAUAGUUUUAUAGAUUUGAAAGCCAAAGUAUGGUCUUUGAAAGAUGGAGAGAAGGUAGGAUAGAAAAGAAUGGAAAGAAAAUGGAGACUUAGAAAUCCUUCAAGGUCAAUGGACAUAGAGGGAUUUGCAGUGCAGGUCCAGUGUGGGGAAAGAGGAGGAAGAUGAUUAAGGACAGCUCUGGCCUGACAGGCAUGAGACAGAGAGAGAGAGAGAGAGAGAGAGAGAGAGAGAGAGAUGGGAUGAGAGAUGCAGCUAAGCAGUACCCCAUAGAGAUGGUUAGUCAGCUUAAGUACCUACUAUGUGCCAAGCACUCUUCAGGAACCUUUUUCAUAGUAUUCUUCUCACUCUUCCUGGACACCUUGAAGGUAGUCUGACAAAAAUUUUCCCAUUACCUCUUUGGCAUCCCUCUAACCUGAUCCCUGGGAUUUGGAGGCAAAACCUUAUCUUGUGCAUUCCAAGCUGUUAUAUAUGUUUUAUUGGAUAGCAACCAACUUCAUUUUGAUGUGUUUCCUUUUUCUAAGAGAUUGUUCUAGUUUGAAUCAAUAAGUUCUUUUCCUGUUAAUAACAACAUUUCUACUUCAAUCUAAGAAUGUGGUCUAGCAAUACCUACUUGGUCUAACGAUGCCUGCUUGCUCUAAAUUUUAUUAUGCUGGUUUGAAUCCUUAUGGGGUAGGAGAGGUAAUAUGCUUCUCCCCUCCUUCCUCAUUAUUCCAUACACCUCAAUACUCAAAAUCGCAUAGAAGUUCUGUCUAGGGAUAUAUGUGAAUCCUGUUUUGAUGUUGGUCCAUGGCCUAAGAUCUUGGUGACCAAGACCUUCAACAAUGAGCUCCCCUUAAUGCUGCAGAAAGAUAAUAUGAAAGAUUAAGAGAGCUUAGAAAAAGAUGGCAGAUUAUUAGUGUCCCACAAAGACUGAUUGAGUACUUCCCAACAAAUGUUCAUCCUGGUCAUGUCCAGAUGGUGAAGAAAAAACCACAUAGUUGUUGUUUAGUUGUGUCUGAUUCUUUGUGACCCCAUGGACCAUAGCACUAGUUAUGGGUCUCUUUUUCCCUGAGUGGUGAUUUGGGGUUGCCAAGUUCUGCUCUAUCUAGAAAGCUGUUCUAUGUCAAGAUUCUUUUAGAAUUGAAUGAGUUGGAUUUCUGAGCCCUGGGUGCUGGCUUGUUUGAGCCUUAGAAAGCUGAUCAUUGGAUCCUUCUGGCAGUUGAGGCCCAUGAGAAGCUCCCAGUCUAAUAAAGUAGUCCUUUCCAGAGUUUCAGGGCUCCUUGGUUCAGCAUGCAUUUUAACCACAAAUGCAUAGAAUUUAUAGCUCAAAGAGGCCUCAGAGAUCACCCAUUCUUUUGUCUGCGAAUGUGGAAACUAAGGUAACACUAGACAAGUGACCUGUGUCUCAGUUUUCUCAUCAAUAAGAUGAGGGGAUUGGAUGACAUGACCUCUUCUGUUCUUUCUAGCUUAAAAACCCAUGUCCCGGAAAGCAAGGCCAAUCUAGAAAUUAGAGUUUUUUGUCAUACCUGUCCUCGUACCUUCUCCCCCCAGGGCUACCUCACACCCCCUCUGAAGAGGGCUAAAGCCAAUGCAUUUGCUGCUUUUCCCUUUUUCAAAAAAAGGAUUUACUUCCUAUUAUCAUGAACUUGACAAAUGACAACAAAAUAAACAUAUACAAGGAACAGAAAAAGAAGAUUGCAUGUGGAGUUGUAAAGCUCCAGCUUAGGAGGUUUUUUGUGUUUAUAAUUUUAAUUCAUACCCCCCAAAUUGUCUUGAGCACCAAUUUCCAUGUACUUCCUGGGUCUAGAGUGUCUUCUCACGUUGUUCCUAUGUUUAACAGCCAACCUUUUCCUCAGUUUUCUCAGGUUUGCCUUACUGCUGUUGCUCAUACCCUAGUUAAAUGCUUCAAUCUUUUCUCCAUGUAGCUCUUCUUGCUGCUUGCCUGAUCUUAUCUGCAGUAGGGCCAUGUUCAGUGCAGACAUUAAAUUGCAACUUUCUCUUAGCUAAAAUAUGAAUUUCUAACUCUAAGUCCUAAUUGAUGGAUUUAGAAAACAAACAACACAAGUAAAACCUACAUUGCUGCUCUUGAAGCACAUAGUACAUCUAACAAAUAAAGCUUAGGCAAUUCUG